UUUUUGCCAAGUAGCCGGUUUCCCUCUAAUCAACCGGUUACCCACUUGCUUAGGUGGAAGAUACUUGGCAUUUAUCAUUUAAUAACUCUUUCAUAGACAUCCUCGUGUGCAAUUGAUCCCUUCGACCCCCACAGGCCACAAUUAGUCACAGACUACAACGGAAAAAUGACAACUUCGUCUUCAAGAUCAAGCUUUAAUGGUGGUACAAGAAUGAGGAACAAGAAGGUAAUAAGAUGCGACUGUGGUGAUGUUUGUGGUGUAUCAGUCUCACGAACACCUGAUAAUCCAGGACGAAAAUUUUGGGGCUGCCCUAAUUAUCAGGUGGAAGGAGGCAACUGUGGUUUUUUCAAAUGGGCGGAUGAAGAACUAGGUCAAAAUAUGGAGAUGUGUCAUACAGAGGAGAUCAAACCAUUGUUAGAAGUGAUCAUAGGGUUGUUAGUGGUUAUAUUGCUGAUGCUAGGAAUAGUAGUUAUUAAGAUGUAG